GUUGAUCGUCAUGUAUCUGAUGUAGCAAAGCUCCGUGCUAGAUUUUGUUAUUUGCCUCCAGUUGUCGCUGCACUUUGUUUUGACAGCUGUUUGUUUUCUUUUUCAUACCUUUUACCGAAGAAUGAGCGAAAACGAUGACAUCGAAGUCGACAGCGAUGCAGACAAGCGAGCACAUCACAAUGCGCUUGAGCGCAAACGCAGGGACCACAUUAAAGACAGCUUUCACGGUUUACGAGAUUCUGUGCCUGCAUUACAAGGGGAGAAGAACUCUGUCAAACAGGCUUCCCGAGCACAGAUUCUAGACAAAGCCACGGAGUACAUCCAGUACAUGAGGCGAAAAAACCAUACCCACCAGCAAGACAUCGACGACUUAAAGAAGCAGAAUGCACUGUUGGAGCAGCAGGUUCGUGCACUGGAGAAGGCCAAGGGGAACACUCAGCUCCAGACAAACUACUCUUCUGACAGCAGCUUGUACACAAACCGCAAAGGGAGCGCGGUGUCCGCCUUCGACGGCGGGUCUGACUCCAGCUCUGAAUCAGAGCCCGAGGAGCCGCCCAACAGAAAGAAGCUGCGCGUGGAGCCCAGCUAGACCCAGGUCGACCCCUGUUCUUCAAACAGACUCUUUUUGCCCACCAGCCCCCGACUCCUCCUACCUGUCCGCACUCGGUCCUGCCUUCUUACGCCAGUCCAGGAGACAAGGCGGAGACUGUGUGAGAGAGGUGCUAUCAUGUAUAAAACGCUUCUACCUUCCUUUUUCCUCCUGGCAAGCAUCCUGUCACUCCUUUUGUGGCCCAGCAACAACUUUUAAGACCCCCGAAGUGAGGCAGCUCUGCAGUUUUGAAGGACUUUAUGCUUUUCAAACCUCAUGAUAACCAUUCAGAAUCAAAUGUGGAGAUGACAAGGUAUGAGUCUUUAGUAAAGCUACAUAAAACAUUGACAAACCAUUGACAAAAUGAUAAUUAGAGAUAGUUUACCUUUUUAAUAUUCAUACUUUUCCAGAGAAGAAUGUGAAGUUGCUUUUGAAAAAAAAAAAAAGGCUGUUAUGCAAGUUGCAACCCCCCCUUAUUCAGUGUAGGUGGCUGAAAUUUUUGUGUUUGAAAAUGUUUGUGCAAAUGAAUCCCUCUAUUUAUAGUGAUGCACCGGAAUUGAUUUCUCACCUUUAUGUCUGAUAUCCCUCAUAUUUGGCUUGAGAUUUUCCAGAGAACACUGGAGGAUGAGCAAGUUGACCUUCUGCUUUAGUGUAUUUUCCACAGGUUCAACUUUAUUUUCCUCUAUUUUUAUUAUUAUCAAAUAAAAUGUGGGUAUGAAAAAAUCCCCUUAUGGAUACUGAAUGUUACGCAAUGCAGUUAAAGGGCAGUGACCUUUAUUUUUGUUAAUGAAGUCCAUUUCAGUGUGACGUAUAUAACACUGUAUACUCUUAAAUGGUGUCAGCUCUGCAAAGAAAAGCCUUUCCCUCGAAAUAUUUGCCUGUGCUAGGAACAUUUCUUUUUUCCUCCUUUUUGCAGAGAUAAAUUAGUGUGUACGUGAUCAAUAUUUGUUUGUUCCAUUCCAUGGAAAUUACAGGUAUGUUGUACAUACUGCCAACGGUUGUCUUGCAAGUUAAGGCAUACCUUUAUUAUGAGACUAUAAAUAAAACUAUUUUAUCCUU